AUGUCAUUCAGGGCCCUUCAAAACUGGCGGUCAUUGAUACGAACGGAUGGAAACUCCUUUACAUUGGGCGCAACUGUUGUGGCAUUGAACGAAGAGUUGACAAGUGCCCACCUACGGCGCCGCCUGAGCCCUCAGUCCCAGGCCGGUGUCUCUUGGUCUCAUCGGGACUUGAGUGUCGCUCCUGGACCUUCGCCCUCUCCUUCCUCUGCUGGCGCUCCUGCCGGGGGCUCGGUCGGCUAUGGUGGUGGUCUCUCUGUUGGCCUUAGCUACAUGGUCGGUCAUGGUACUGGACCAGCGGUCGGUCACGGUGGCGGCCUCUCGCCCGCCUCUGGCUCCUCAAUCAAUUUUGGAGACGCCCCUUCUUCCCCUUUGGGUGAUCACGGUGUUGGUACGGGGCGUUCCACUUAG